AUGGCCGCUGGAACAGCGGACUUCAUGACUGAAAUGCUUGAAAUACCGUACGCAUUGCCGAAAAUGGAUUUGGUUGCAUUACCACAAUAUAUACAAACUUCGAAAGCGCUAGAGAAUUGGGGUGUGAUUUGUAUGAUAUAUGACUCGGUGCUGGUUGAUAGACAGUACGCUACUGCGCAUGAUUACAGUGAAGUAGCUCGGGUAACACCACAUGAAGUUGUACAUCAGUGGUUCGGCAAUUUGGUGACCUCAGAAUGGUGGUCUUUAAUAUUUUUGAACGAAGCGUUUGCUCAAUAUUACUAUAGCUCGGGAGCCAACUAUACUUAUCCACAACAGGAGAAAUAUGCUAGAUUUGUACGUUUCUGGUUAGCAGAUUACGCACUCACGCACGACGGAAAUCCGGCGAUCACGAGACCAAUAAUUACGGAUCGAAAACCAAUAUUCACUUAUGCACCAUAUUAUAAGGGUGCAUCUGUGUUGUAUAUGCUCAACAACGCGAUCACUGUGCCAAUCAUGCAAGAAGGCUUGCGUGAAUACUUCCGUAGAAACGCUUGGAAAACGACCACAGAAACAAUGUUGUGGUCUGCAAUUACUGAUACAACGAAAGCGCAUCAUAUAAAGGGCUGGAACAACGAACUUCUGAACGUUCAAGCACUCAUGGAUCCAUGGACAAAACAAGUGGGUUUUGAGUGA